AUGGCGGGAGAGGCGGUGGCGUGGUUUGAAAUCCGAAACGGGGAUGAUUCUCACACUCCCUUCGUGUACGCGACUAAUGCAUCUGUCAACGGCACAUACCUGAAGAAGAGCAACAGUGAAUGUGCAGGAUCGCAAGGUCGCGGUAUUUUGAUGGGGCGUAGCAGCACUUUCCUCUUGAACGAUGGAGACGAGUUGCAGCUGUCCGACACAGUCAAACUCGUGUUUUACUCCACGAAGCCAAUCCCGGAAUAUCUGUUCACUCCGACGCAAGAACGCGAGAAGGCGAUCUUUGCGCAAGAAUACCUCAUCACAGGCCGUCUUCUCGGUGAGGGUGGCUAUGGCAAAGUACUGAUUGGCAUUGACCAGGCGACUCAACACCAACUUGCAUGCAAGAUCGUCAAGCUCGAUCACCUAUACAACAAGCCACAGGCCCCGAAUCUACGCCUGCCAACUGGACAGCGCGAACAAAAAGCUGCCAUUGGCAAGAAACGCUGGCCCACGCGUGUGGCAGCUUGCUUUCGCGAAUUCGACAUUUUGAAGGAUCUCAGUCAUCCGAACAUUGUCAGCAUUAAGAAGGUGUUCUGGAGCAAUAAUAACAUCUACAUCUUCCAGGAGCUUGUUACUGGUGGCGACCUCUUCUCCUUCCUCGAAUACAAAGGUGGUCGCCUGGACAAUCCACAGGCUGCCGUCGUCAUUCGUCAAGUUCUGCUCGCUGUCAAGUAUCUGCAUGAUCAGAAUAUCGUCCAUAGAGACAUCAAGCCAGACAACAUCCUCAUGACAUCACUCGAGGAUGGGGCACGUGUGGUGAUCACCGACUUUGGCAACGCUAGGUUCCUGCCAAACGCCGCCUGUAUGACAGGUCAACAAUCGAAGAAGUACCAACGCAUGUUUUCUUAUGUCGGAACUCUAGAGUUUGCGGCACCGGAAAUACACAGGGCAAAUCACACGAUCCCGAAGGACGAAGGCUAUUCAAAGGCCGUCGACAUGUGGUCGAUUGGCUGCAUCACCGCCGCCGUACUCACUGGAGAGGUCAUAUUCUCUGACUGCAGACAUCCUGAGUACGACGAAAACCCUCGCCAGGUCAUUGUUGGGCUUGCUGCGAGGUGCGAUCUGAGUAUAAUGGACGAUGAAUACCAUCCGGCGUGGAGUGAAGUGGCAACCGCGCCCAAAGAUCUCAUCAAGAGCCUACUGGUGCUGGAGGAAGAUAAUCGACUUACAGCUACUGAGGCUUUAGCACAUGCAUGGUUCUCUAACGACUGCUAUGCCAGGGACCUUCAUGACUUGUACCUACGUUCGAUCAAAGACUGGCGUCCACGUUCUGUCGACUCGCAGCUUGUUGAACGCAUUUCCAGAUCGCUACCUGACCUUUCUAUUGUCGGGCUUCCAGGGCAGGUCAUCAGUCAAGACACUGUAUCGCGGUUCAUCCAUCCCUCGGAGCAGCGCAUGACGCAGAACAUCAUGCAAACGUUAUCUGCAUCUCAGCAUUGGCGCGCAAGCACCCCUUUGCCGUCGAUUCGGGACGAUUAUGCUAACGAUAACUUCCAAUUCGCAAGCCAGGUUGCACCAUCCUCACUUAACACUGACAACACUGGCUCCGCAAAUCAGUAUUGCGACGAGGGUGGGUUCGAUGAGUACGAUCAACAUGACUUCUAUGACGAGUAUGGUGCUACCCAGCAAGAUGCGUUUGAGCAAAGCGAACACGAUAGCGCCGAUGAGAGUAAUUCCUACGCAACUACUCGACAAGAGCAGACAAGCGGUGACGCCACAGACAAAGGUAGGUACAUUGCUGAGGACAGCGGAGAAAUUGAGGAAGGUUACGAAAGCGCCGAAAGCCUGAAUGAUGUCGCUGCAAUCGCCUACUCACAACGUCCCUGCGCGCCAGACAUCCCACAAACACGGGUACUUCACUGUUCCGAGACAGUGUUGGUGCAUGGUACACCGAUGACUCAAGAUCGUUGUGACACCGGCAUGACACUAGAAGAGAGCCACCAGGAGACUCAAUACCCAGAUAGGUUACUAAAGCAUGGCGGCUCUCAGGUCAGGCAUACUUCCAUUCUUGUGUACGAAACGCCUCCUAUCAUCCAAGCAGACCAGACUUGCUCUUCAGCGGAAGAGCUGCCUACCAACUGUGGUCACUGGUUCGAGCAGGGUGAUGAGUAUGAUUACUGA